AACCACGCGUUAGUGGAGUCUGCAAUGAUUGCAUUGGAUGGCAAGAGCGGUGGGCGCGGGAUGCCUGUGCGGGAGCCGAGGUAGAUGUAAAUACGCUGUUUAUCGCACACAAACACACACACAGGCGCUGUUUGCUUUCAAGGAGGAGCUUCGCACAGGUUCCAACAGCCUCGGUCACCCCGGCACAGGCUGCGGCUCCCGGGGAAGAUGUGUGUGGAUAAGGACACGUCCGAGUGUCCGCUCUCCGUCUCCGUCUCCUCGGAGGAGAUCCAGACUCUCAGCGGCUCGGUCCCGAUCGGCGACUCGGCAUCCAGCCCGGCGGAGAAAUUCCGGGCGCUGUACCGGCUGCGCCCGCACAUCGCAGCGGGAGUGCUGAGCUUCGGCUACGUGGUGAAUUACAUGGAUCGCUACACCGUGGCAGGUGUAUUGGCGGACAUCCAAAGACACUUUGGAGUGAGCGACAGCAAAUCUGGAUUGUUGCCUACAGCUUUCAUCUGCAGUUUCAUGGUGGCCACGCCAAUCUUCGGUUUCCUAGGCGACCGCUUCAACAGGAAGUUCAUCCUGAGUUGUGGGAUAUUCUUCUGGUCGGCAAUCACCCUGUCCAGCUCCUUCAUCAACAAGCCGAACUUCUGGAUGUUUCUCGUCUCGAGAGGUUUGGUGGGGUUCGGCGAAGCCAGUUACUCCACGAUUGCUCCCACCAUCAUCGCUGACCUCUUCACCAAGGACACCAGGACCUGCAUGCUCUCCUUCUUCUACUUCGCCAUCCCGCUGGGAAGUGGGCUUGGAUAUAUCCUGGGCUCCAGCAUGACACAGGCGUCUGGAGACUGGCACUGGGCACUUCGGGUGACUCCAGCCAUGGGGUUUGCAGCUGGGAGCCUCAUCAUCCUACUGGUGCCCGAGCCAAAGAGAGGGGCAGCCGACCAGCAUCAGGUCCAGCUCAGGGCCAGCACGUCCUGGAGCAAGGACAUGAAGGCCGUCAUUAAGAUACCAAGCUUCGUGUUCUCCACACUGGCCUCGGCCUCCGUGUCCUUUGCCACGGGGGUGCUGGGGAUGUGGAUCCCGCUGUACCUGUUCCGCGCAGAGGUGGUGCAGAAGAACAUUAAGCCCUGUACCGUGGAGCCCUGCAGUGGCAGAGACAGUCUGAUAUUUGGCGCAAUUACCUGUGUCACUGGGUUCCUGGGACUGAUUGUGGGAGUGGCAGCAACGCGGUGGUAUCGUACAAAGAGCUCCCGAGCCGAUCCCCUGGUCUGUGCAUUUGGAAUGCUCAGCUCGUCCAUAUUCAUCAGCCUGAUCUUUGUGUUUGCCCGCUUCAACAUUGUGGGAGCCUAUCUGUGUAUAUUUAUAGGCGAGGUACUCCUCUUUUUGAACUGGGCCAUCACAGCAGACAUCCUCAUGUACGUUGUCAUUCCGACUCGCCGCUCAACAGCUGUGGCUUUGCAGAGCUUCACCUCUCACCUGUUUGGCGAUGCGGGGAGCCCCUAUCUAAUAGGCGUGAUCUCAGAUGUCAUCAGGCAGAGUAAGCCCAAUUUAGACCUGUGGGAGUUCCUCAGCCUGGGUUAUGCUCUCAUGCUGUGCCCAUUCGUCAUUGUCCUUGGAGGGACCUUCUUCCUGGCCACAGCCCAUUACAUUGUACAUGACCGGAACAGAGCAGAUCAACAGGUGGAAGAAAUGAAGUUGGUUUCUAUUAAAGUCUGAUAAGGCUGGAACAGGUUCAUCCAGCUCCCACAUCAGCCACCUUGCCUUUGAACUACAAUGUGGCUGCUAUAUACAGAACAAAGUUUUCCACUGCCAACUAACAGGUCCGUCUACUGUCAGGAAAGCGGUGGAUCAUCAGAAGAAUGCCAGGAAUGGCUCAAACAUAAGGAAACGGCCAAGCCUACAAGUCUGGUCUUUUAUUAUUACGGAAACUUUUCUGUGAGAGCAUCUCUGCGCGUGUAUGUGUGCGUUCACCCUCUCGGUGAGUUAAUAGGUUGAGAUCUGACAUUUUUUUGUCAGCCGCUGCUUCACACUGUGGAUUACUGUGACUUGAAGGUGGCAGGGGCUGCUCACUGUAUUGUACCCCUACUGUUGUUACUAGGGGUUGAGGAAAGCACAAUAUAGGGCACCAUCAAUCAGUAUUAAAUAUCACACAGCACAGUCACAUUGAUACAUCACUUUGGUGUGGAGGUGGUGCUAAUACAGAUGAUGUUAAGUGGUGAAUUAAGCAGGAAGCAUUACAGGUUUGAGAAAUUGUUGGCAUCACAAAGCAACACCCGAAUCAGCUUUAUAAUCACUGAUGUACAGUAGGUUGUUAAAUUUGCUGUUUCACAGCAGUUCAGUGCAGAACAGUAAGUUACUAUAAAUUAAAAAAUAAACAAGGAAUAAAGAAGCAUUGUUCAUAGCCAAUACAGAAAGCUGAUGGUGGAGGGGAAGAAGCUGUUCCCAGCUGAUAACAAUACAAUCACUGGCUUUUGAAUGUGCACUAAAAUAAAAAUCCCUUGAUGUGAAUGGAGAUGCUCCAAGUAAUCUCCAACCUCGUCCUUUGACAGCUACUGAAAAGUUUUAUCCCAUUGGGUCAACGGAAAUGUAAAACUGUGGCGGGAGGGUUAGGGAACAUGCAAUGUUUGGCAGUAAUGGUAGAAAGAAAGAAUGAAUGCUUUCUUCUUUUUCCAAGAACCAGUUUCCAUUCCUUCCCAUUGCUUCAUCUUCUGAAUUAGCGAGGGCUGACUGGGGGUGGGAUGGUGUAGCUGAGCUCAGAGCUCACGCUGGUAUAGAUAGAUCCUUCUGGCCAGAACAAGCAUAAACAUCACAUUAAACCAGAUGCUUUGCAUACAAGCUGUACUAGACCAUCAACAUUUCUGAAUAGACUGGCCUCUCGGGCAUCUUGCUAAUGCCUCUCACAUACCAAUUAUCUCGUUUAAGGUGUCAUUCACAAAGGUCAUUUCCUUAAACCUUGCACGUCAAUCAUCUGGUAUUGUUACUACAACACGCACAUAUCCUCAGUAGAAUUCAGGUGGAAGAACAAACAUUGGGAUGAUUUAUAGCAGGGGUUCCCAACCUUUUUCAUGCCAUAGACCAAUACCAUUAAAAGCAGGGGUCUACAGACCACAGGUUGGGAACCCCUGAUUCUUUCUCACCCACUGGUAGUCCUCAUUUCCUUGAUACACAGGCCAAUGUUACUUUUCCACAAUUCAUUCAACACCAAGAAUGUAUAUAAAAUACACCUCUGGGGUUAUUGUUGGCCAAGUCAUUUAAUAUGAAUUGAAAAAAUUUUCUAUUCAUGCAUAUUGCAGCAAAUGUCCCUUGUAACAAUGAAACUCGAUGCCAUUUGCGAUUGCAGCACCAGUAGUUGUACAAUUGUUGAACUGAACACAAUCCCUUAUAGCCUAAGUUUACUUUGUAAAAAAAAUUGUGCGAGAAUUUGUGGAUAGAUUUGUGGUUACAAUAAGAAAAAUAAAGGCCGAAUGAUCACAUUUCAUCUCACUUACAAAAGAUUCAUAAUCUUACAUCGCAAUGGCUGAUCAACAGAAUAGAUGUGGGAUAUGAAAGUAGGUUCUGUAAGUUUCCCUAAAUUUCCAUAAUCAUGGCCUUUCACUAUUGUUUUAAGCAGUGCUCUAAUUUUACUAACAAGAAAAAAUAUAUACAUUACAAUUAAAUAUACUCCAGAUUUGGAUAUUUACUUAAACAUCUAUCAUCAGUCUUCAACUAAGGAGAUAAAGCUUUCAUAGCCACCAAAGAAAUACAGUACUUGCCUGCCACUAUCCAGAGCAUUUAAAAGCUAACAUGCAGACACCAUGCACCGAAGAGCAUCAAAAAUGAAACAUCAGAUCAGUGUGAUGUUUCAGUUUGAGUUAAAAUGUUAUAUGGUGUUAUCUGACAUCGGAAUUAUUAACAAACUUACAUCAACAGAACUACUUGUCUUCCAUUUUCUGAAUUUGAUUUUUAUCAAAAGAAUUCUUCCACUUGUAAUUAUGUUUACAAGUUUAUCAAUCUAAAAAUCUUAAGUAUAACUGAUGCCAAGUGUGGUUUAUUUAUUUGAAAAAUAUGAUGCCACUGUCUCUAUUCUUUCUGCAAGACUCCUAAGUGGUAUUGCCUGAUAUAUGUCAGCAACUAUAUCCUAUACAAUGGCUGACUAUAUGCUACAUCUUUUGUGUCAUAUGCAUGUGUUCCUAUAUAAAAUCCACUUGCACUGAUAAAGUGUUUGAUAUUUCUUGUCAUACAAGAAUUAUUUUCUAUAAAAUUUCUAUUUUAUCUGAUUAUUUCAGGUAUAUUUUAUUGUUUAAAGCCAAAAUAUAUAACUUAUACACAAGGUUGUAAGCUAAAUUUAUGUAUAGUCAAGUAAAUUAAAUAAACAAUUUGAAUGGAAUUUAUUGCAUAUUUGUCAUGUUGUAUACCUUAUGGCCUCCAAAGCAAAACUGCAUCAAUAUCCACAAGUAGAAUAUUUCAUUAGAAGUACUCAGCACAGUUUGUGCUUCCAGUUUCAGAACAUCUCGGAAUUAGUCUGAGACGUUGCAUACAUAACCCUGGACACUUGCAAAUGUGAAGAGCAGAAAGGCAGGAAAUCAAAAUAAUCAUGGUUAGAGAACUCGAUCUUUUAUUUUAUAAAAACAAAAGUCUGCAGAAGGUGGCAAGGAGAUCCUGCAAAAAGGAUUAACAGUGUCUCAAAAACCAUAAUCUCUAAUUACAACUCGCCCAAUAUCAAACUAACUCUUCCAUUAACAGCACAAAUUAUACUGCAGGCUAAUGGGUGUGAACUUAAUUUCUUCACUGUUUUUUGAAUUUGUACCAUCAUCUGUAAAAUGAGUGGUAGUGUGCUUCUGCUCAAUACUUCAAUAAGGAUUAAGAAUAGCAACCAGUAGUAUGAAUUUACACAUUAUUCAACUAUACUGUGUGGAGAUGCAAUGAUAAGCCACCAAUUUAACUCAAAGCCAAUUGCAAUUAUUUUUCGCUGUAUGUAACAAAAAGUUCAUGAUACCUUUAAACAUAUUUCCUCAGAAGCUUCUGGCCAGAUUACAGACCAACCAAAAUCCAGCAAAUCAACCAUUGCCACCUCAUCAAUCAAUGAAUUUAAAACAAUCAUCUGUAUGGAGCUGACAAUAAUGUUCCUGACAGAAAUCCACAUACAAACCACCUGGUAUAGUUGGGAUCUUCAGUCGUGUCAUUAGUUUCUCAAGGUUGCCACUGUUUUAAAUGUACAAAAUCAAUAUAUACAAGGAAAGAGUAUAACACAACUUACUGAGUAACAGACUAAUUUUUCCACAUCAAAAUCUUAUAACCUGACAGGUACUUUUACCAAAAUCACAUAGGUAAGUGAUGGACAUGUUCCCAAAAUAAUUUAAAGGGCAAACAUCCCUCUAGUAUGUUUUCCCUACAUUUUCAAAGACAGCAAACUAACCAUGCAGCUGGUUUGAAAAUAGAUGCAACUUUUAUCCCCUUUCCUCGUAAUGUCUGUAUUUUGAGAGGAAGCUAUAACCAGAGGAUUAGAAAUUUACAAUUUCUUUAAAUGAGUGGGGAGACUAUUGCCGCUUGCUGCUUCAUGAAUGAUAUUGAGAUGUUUUUACAUCAAACACACUAACCAGAAAGCAUGAGAUCCUUCUGAGUGCAAGGAAAGCCAAUUUGAUAGAUCUGUUGAAAAUCAAUAACAGUUUUGGACAGCAAUUAUUUCCCCAGCAAGAAAGUCCAUAACUAGAGGAUAAGAGCAGAGAAGUGCAGCCACAUUGUACAGCACUUUCAAAGAGACGGAAUGGACGCCAAGAGCCAAAGGUCUCCUACUGUGCUGCAGUAUUUUAGAAAAUGAAGUAUUUGUGGAGUCUGCCCAAGACAAUACAGAAAGCAAAGGGCAUAAUACUUUGUCACUGUAAUGGGCUUAAUGGUUCUGUCAGCAAAUGACUUACAAUAUCACCCAAGAUAAAUGAUGUAACAGUAAGUUGUUGUAUGUGUAAUAUCCAAGCAUUCAACUGAUAUUAAGAAUCUAAGAGUUUGUUUAUUUUUAUACUUAACAGCGUUGAAUAUUAAAAUACUCUCCAACUUCAAAUGAAAAUAUCAUUCGUGUUUCUAAACAUUACAGAUAAUGCUGGCUGAAAGCUGAUAUAUUUUAAUAAUUCCUCACUAUUUUGUUUCAAUUCUGGGUAAUUUACCACCACACCAGACAAGGAACCAGGAAGUGUCUGUACAGACAGUAUGAACAUUUGUCCAUAAGUAGAAAUGGAUCACAGCCAAAAUGCACGUCUGCAAUCAAAGAUCAAUUAUAUACAGGUUAUGACUAGUAAUGAUUACAUGCUCCAUUCCGUAUGACCAGGAGAUUCAAGGCAACAGUGAAGACUUCUGCAACCCUGCACAUACCACACCUCUUCAGUAUACAAUGGGUAUUCUCAGCUGUACAAUCCUUAGACAGCCACAGCUCCAAUGUAUUGUUUCACCAGUAGUACCAUAACAAAAUAUACAGACGUUGGAAACUUGAAAUAAAGAGGGAAACUACAGGAAAUACUCAGCAGGCAAGUCAGAAUGUGGGGUCAGAUAACAUUUCAAUGAAUGCAACUUGACCUGCUGAGUAUUUGCAGAGACAAAUGUGUAGAGUCCUAUUUUUAAUGGGCCCUACCCUUCACAAACACCACCCAUCCUUAUGUCUCCACACUUCCAUUGUUCUCUCCACUGUAAGUUUUUCCCAGUUCUGAUGGAACCUGUCUCUCUGCCUGACCUGCUGUGCAUUUUCCAUGGAUUGCUUUGCUUCUAGGUAAUAAAUGCAAUGCAAGUCCACAUUUUCUUGUGGACCUUUACAUCACCAGGUUACCACCCACUUCUCCCAAUUCUUCAGUGGACUGAAAAACCUACAAGGCUAGAACAGGGAAAAUUCACAGCCACAUCAAAAUCUACUUGGGUUAAACUGGUGUGAGCUACCUCUAACUCUCCUAGACAACGGGAGGAUAGAAGCAGAGCUCCCCAACUCUCCCAGACAAUGGGAAGGUAUAAGCAGAGCCUACUCCCAGAUCCCUUUGACAAAGUAUAUGAGAUCAUGAUGACAAAUACUAUCAGCACUGAGACUAUUUUGAUAUUUCUUUUUGGAAAGUGGAGAAGACUAAUUAUUGUCUACCACACGCUUGAAUGGCACCAAUACCGUUCAACAAGUUCUGAGGUUGACCAAUAAAGAGAAAAACACACAAAAAAUGCUGGAGGAACUCAGCAGGUCAGGCAGCAUCUAUGGGAAAAGAGUAAAUAGGCGAUGUUUCGGGCCGAGACUCUUCAUCAGGACUCAGAAGUCCUAGUCUUUGUUAUUCAAUAGAUCCAAAUGAAGUUCCUAGACAUCUACCUCUUUGCAGGAAGCAAUUGCUGACCCAUCCAGAAAAUAAUUAAGUUGUUGGUAGUUUGAUUAUCCCAACGUUGCAUCUGAGUACGCUAUAAUUGGGCCAUGAGGAUAGGCUCUGUCACCAGGACAGAUGUUCCACUUACACAGCAGCAGUAACAAGAGAGCUGAAGAAAUGUGUAUCCAUGAAAUAGCACAGAACAGUUUCAAUGGAGGGGCAACCAUCUCAAGCCAUGAUGAAUAACUGAACUUGAGUUUCAUGCACAUAUCCACCACUAAUCUACAGCUUCCUGCAUUUGUUGUUUAAUUCUAAGGAUACAUAUAUGCUUGCUGGAAUCACAAACACCCAAAUAAUAGUUGGUCUUAAACACUGGGCAUUAGCAAGCUAUUUAGUUUUUAAAUAACUUUGCAUCACUAGUUUUUAAAGACAGGUGCAAUAAUCAAUCCACCCCAUUCCAGCCCCUACCAACCAAUUCACAGAUCUGAGACCUGGAGCAGUGUCUACUAUUCAAAAUCAAUUAGGCAUUAAAUCCCAGGGGAUACUAAUGAAAAAGAGCAGAUAAGACCAAUAGGGUGGAUAAUGUAAAGUGAGAGGAGGCUUUUGAGGGCCACGAGCACUUCCUUGACAUAUUGGACUACAAGGCUUACAUCUGUGCCAAACGUUUUACAAAAGCCUUAGCAUUAACGGCUCAGUGGAAGGUAGUCAUGGCUAACCAGCUUCUGACAGAUCCAUCUGCCCCUUCUGAAAGCACCAGCAGCUUUAAGAGCUACAUGCUUUAUUGUCCCAGUGCUUUCAGAGGACAGUGAUGUGCAUUAGAUCGAGACACAAGUGUCAGCCAUCUCCCAAAAGACAUUGUCCUUUUGAGUUAUUGAAAUGCGAUCACACAUGCUUCAUAAGGCCAACCGUCUCCUCAAAAUUCAAUGCCGCAAAGUACAACUGACAUGGAUCACUGCACACCAACGCUGCAGUCUAAAUUUCAGACCUUGAGAUCUUUAUCAGAUCUAAGCAUACAAUUAAACUUGACAUUCUUCAGCUUUCUUGUUGUAAAAAGAAAUCAAUGGCAGCUGCACACAGAGCUGAGUAGUCAUGUUCAGCCAAUAUGGACAAGACUAAUUAAAACCUUUGGGGGUUAGAUACUAAAACUCUGGUUGCACCAGGAUUACAGACCAGCAUAACUGUAACUGGAUUGUGAAUUACCGCAUCACUGGCCAAUGAGUCUACAUUCAAUAUAUGUAGAGCAGAAAGAAUAAAGCGAAAUUCUCAAGCAUGUGGUUUGACACUUCUCCCCAUUUAAGGCUUGCUUGGAUACAUUCUGCAUAAAUACACUGCAACAUCUGAAAUAGAGGUCUUUUACCUCUUAAAUUGCUGAAGCAAUGUGGUUCCUACUUUAUCUAGAACCAUAGGCGAAGGGUUUUAAUGCAGAACCUGCCAACUCUGCUGUGUGGAAUGCUGGUGAAAGCAUACUCAAUUUCCUGAAUGGAAAAAACAGCAUCACAACCAUUUAAUGGAUAUGAAGCAGUAGACGUCCAGGUCUAAGAAAGAUACGCAUACACAGAAGCAACGUGACCAUGGGGCCACUGAAGCCUAUGAACAAGAUACACCCAGGUAAUUUUCAACAUUGGGUGGAUGCCUGUGUUGUACUAAACAGAGCUGAUGACUGAUGAUCAAACAAAGCUCUGUCACAUUACUUCAGCACCUUCUCCACCACAAUACUGCAACUUCCCUCUAGGAGUGGAGUUAAUUUUCUGAAUUAACAGAAAACUGUCCAACACAUGGCAAUUAUAUUCCAGAGGCAAGGUCACUCAAAUCUCAGCUACUGUGUCCAGAUGAUGUAACUGGAGACUGAGCUUCAAGCCAUCGUCAGCUCUUUCAUGGAAGGGUCCUAAACAAAACAUCUGACAGAUGAAAGACUUUAGUUUUUGAAGUGACCCAAAAGGAAAACUCUGCCCCUUGAUCCUGCUGUAAGAGUUGGGAGCACAGUCCCUAAAA